UGCGAAAUUUGGCCGCUACCUUUUCCUCAUUUUUGGAGGCGUAAAAUUUGCCAGCAGGAGCAAGAAUCCUUCCAAAGGGACUUCUGCUGGUGCCGAGUAUCAUCGGUAAACCGUGACACAGUAGUAACUCUUCAUGACAACGAUGGAUCGCCAUUCGAUUAAUUCCGUCACGCCCGUCGCCCGGCAGCCGAGCCUUGACGAUAUGAACUUGGAUCAGUUUCUGAAAAUCUCCAACUACGAGGACACGGUGAAGCAGCUCGACAUUUAUUACGGCAUCGUCAAACGACAGUUGCUCCAGUUCCAAAGUCCAAUCACGGGACUGUUCCCGGUGCUCAGCACGGAUCGCGAAGUGGGCAGCAUCAGGGACAGUGUUUACUGUGCGGCGGCAAUCUGGAGCCUGUAUCAGGCGUACCGCCGGAUCGACGAUGAUCGAGGCAAGAGCUACGAACUGGGCCAAUCUGCGGUCAAGUGUAUGCGCGGUAUACUCGAGUGUUGGAUCAAGCAGGCGCACCGGGUGGAAAAGUUUAAAUCGCGCCAGUGCGCCGUGAAUGCGCUUCACUGCAAGUUCCACCUCGACACGGGCGAGGAGAUCUAUUCGGAUGAAAACUUCAACCACCUGCAGAUCGACGUCGUCUCGAUUUACCUCAUCUUCUUGGUGCAAAUGAUCACCUCCGGACUGCAGAUUAUCUACACUCAGGAUGAGGUCGCUUUCGUUCAGAACCUGGUGUACUACGUCGAGCGAGCGUACCGAACGCCCGACUACGGCAUGUGGGAACGCGGUUCAAAGUACAACGACGGGACGCCCGAAAUACACGCGUCGUCCAUCGGGAUGGCCAAGUCGGCACUGGAGGCGAUCAACGGGUGCAAUCUCUUUGGCGAGAAAGGUGCCUCGUGGAGCGUGGUCUACGUCGACAUCGAUGCCCACAAUCGGAACCGGAGCAUCUUCGAAACGAUGCUUCCGCGGGAAUCGAGUUCGAAGGGCGUAGAUGCUUCAUUGUUACCCACGCUCUCGUUUCCGGCGUUCGCGUCGCACGAGGAACGGUUGGUCGAUAAGAGCAAACAGAAUGUCAUCAGACGACUGAAGGGCAAAAAGGGUUUCAAGCGGUUCAGUCGCGAUGGGUACCUGUCCAGGUUGGAGGACAAAACGCGCCGCUACUAUCACAAGGGAGAAAUCAAAGACUUCGAGGGGUACGAGUGCGAGUGGCCAAUGUUCUACACGUACAUGAUCAUCGACGGUGUGUUUAAAAACAAUCUGGAACAGAUCGAAGAGUAUCAGAUGGAGCUACGGAAGUGCAUGCAUUCGGACAAUAAUGGAGAUCCUGUGGUUUCAAUGUGCUACGCACCGGAUGGCGACGGAAUGUUUACGCGGGCUUCGUCACAAUCACUCUUCCUGUGGGGUCAAUCAGUGUUUAUCAUCGCCCAGCUUCUGACGGCCGGAUUGCUUCACAUCAACGAGCUCGAUCCCAUCCGGCGGUAUCUUCCGUCGUACAAUCGACCCAGAAAAGGCGGUCGCUAUUCUGCCUUCCAGGCAAAGCCGGGAAUUCGUACCAAAAUUGGAAGUGCUCUAGCGAUGCACCGUCCCAUAACACCGCCACACAUUGACGAAGCAAAUCACGAAAAAAUGUCGGAAACAUCCAUCGAACCGAGACGUGGUACAGCAACCGAUUUGGUGGUGCAGAUUGUGCUGAUCGCCGAAUCGAUGCGACUGCAGGCAAUGAUGGCCACGUACGGUAUUCAGACACAAACUCCUCAUGAGGUCGAACCGGUUCAGAUUUGGUCCUCGACACAGCUCAUCAACGUGUACCAGCAACUGGGCGUGAACGACAAGAUCGGACUCACCGGUCGGCCACCUCGGCCGGUCGGAUCGCUCGGCACGAGCAAGGUCUAUCGCAUCUGCGGCAUGACCGUCCUCUGCUAUCCGCUGAUCUUUGAAGUGUCCGAUUUCUACCUCUACCGCGACAUGGCCCUGCUGAUCGAUGAUAUCAAGACGGAGUUACAGUUUGUCGGUAAAUACUGGCGGCUCUCUGGGCGACCAACCGUUUGCCUGUUGAUCCGCGAGGAGCAUAUGCGUGAUCCGCAGUUCAAGGAGAUGAUCGAUCUGCUGGCCAUGCUGAAGAAGGGUUACUGCGAUGACAUGAAGGUACGGAUCGGUCGGUUGCAGAACCUGAUCUCGAGCUCGUGUAUCGAGCAUCUGGAUUUUAUGUCGACCUCGGAUCUGCCCGACGUUAGCGACACGGCAUUCGCUCAGAUCCACCACGACUACAUCGGCUACCAGAGUUUGACGGACGUGCCGCGAGCUCAGUCGUACCGCGAGAAGAAAAUAACGGCCGCCGAAUACGCAACGCGCUCCACGCCGGACAUUAUUGAGGCGCUACGAAACACGGAAUCCAUUUUUCUGCAGUGCCAGCUGUUGGGCAUUAUGCUGCACCGCGAAGGAUCCCACUACGAGGUGGCCGGUGAGUCGGUGCAUAUAAAACUGACCGACCUCUACUAUCGGGCCGGGUCGUUGCGCUACUGGCGCGCGGUGCGUUACUGCAGCUCACUAUUGCGCCACAUCGUUGACUCGAUUUCACCCUUCAUCACGACGCUGCUCGUGAACGGGAAACAGAUCACGGUCGGGGUGAUCGGGCAGCGGGAAACGAUCUUUGACAAGCCGAUGACUCCGUCCGAGAUACAGAACGUGAUGUACUCCACGGUGCAACCGUACGACGUGAUUCACGCGGUGCUCCAACAGGAGGUGGUGCUGUACUGUGGGCGACUGAUCGCCACUAAUCCGGACAUUUUUAAGGGCGUCUUGAAGAUACGCGUUGGCUGGGUGCUGGAAGCGAUGCGGCACUAUCUUACGAUGAAAGGUGACGAGGGGGCGGACAUUGAGAAUCUGUCACCGUUUCAGAUCCGACAGCUGCUGCAGCGUGUACUUACCGUCAGCCAGUGGGCCAUCGAAGAUCACUUCAGCACACUGCAGCGACGUCAGCUCGAGGGAUGCCUUUGUCGGGUACCCAACUCGUUUUACAACCUCGUCUGGGAUGUGCUAGAGCGCACGCCGCACGGGAUAACGGUCCAGGGCCACAAUCUGCCCGCUAUGCCGACGCUCACGAACAAGAGUCGCAGUGAGCUCUCCUUUUCGCUGCUGGUCGAGGAGAUGCUGCACAAGAUCGAGGAGCCCGAACGGCGCCAGAUCGCGGUGGAGCUCCUGUGCAUUGUGGCCACCAUUCUGAGCCGAAACCCGGAGCUACGCUUCCAGCAGGUGCUCGAUCUCGAUCAGCUGCUGGAAGAUUCGUUCGCGAUGUACUGCAAGGACCACAACCUGGAGCGAACGAAAGAAAUUACGCCUCUAUUUUCGCUCUCCUACUCGCAGACGACAGGGUACUUGGCGCGGGCCGCCGUCAACAGCGUCCUGCAGCGAUGCGCCCUGACGGAGGAUUUUGCCGACGACGUCGAAGAUCACUGCCGCAUCGCUUAGGUGGGUGGCAUCGGGCGGUCAAGUGAUGCUACAACCAGUUUUUAAUUGCUUACCGAUACUAGCGGCGCGGCGCGGUUUCUUAAAUUGCUGCUUCCGUUGGUGGUUUUUACUUGUUUGUUUAGUCGUAGAGAGAAAGUGCCCAAGAUAGCUAACGCGUGACAUAAAAUAUCGCUACAAAUCUAAACAAUACACCCACGAAAACUAUGAGAAUACGUGGGAGUAUUGUUUUAAAAUCUCUAGUUGUUGCAUGACAUGUAAUGAAGCAAUAAAUUUUACACAAUCAUGACAAGAUUG